AUACAUAUAAUCUUUCUUUGAUACCAAGUUUUCUUUAUUUAUUUUUCAUUUAACAACAACAACAACAACACAAAGAUCAUGAAUCUUUUCAUGAAUAAAAUUGUGAAGAAAAAAAUGAGCAACAUGAUCUUUAUGAUUUUCUUCAUUUCUUUUUUUGUUCUUGAAACUUUGGCUAGAGAGAGUGUCUCUAUAGUUGAAUCAAUUUCUAUGAGAGAUGAUGUGAUAAAAAUGGCUGGUUAUGGAGAAGAAAAACUCUCUACUGUUUACAUCCAUGGCAAAGUUGUUUGUCACGAUGAAGAUGAUCAUGGUUGUAACAGUAUCAACGAUGAUAACUUGGAACUUGGUCCAAGACCUGUCCCAGGUGCAUCAGUUGGUGUGUUCUGUGGAUCAAGUGGAAAAGAAAGAAGAUCAUGGGCAAGAAACACUACAGAUGAAGAUGGAGAUUUCCUUAUUGAUCUUCCUUCUCAUCUUCAUGCUAUUCCAAACUUGGAAAAAGCAUGUCUUGUUAAAGUCCUUCAUCUGCCAAGAAACACCAUUUGUGAACAUGCUUUUAGAGGAAAACAUGAAGGGCUCGAGCUACGUUCUAUCGGUGAAGGCAUCCGUACUUACACAACACAUACGAUUCAUCUCACCCCUAAAGUUUCACGAAGGUGCAGAAAUAAAGUUGUCGAGAAGCAACAAGAAACUGUAAGCGUCAUUUAGGCCAAAAUUUCAGCACGUCCAACAACUCAUUCUGUUGGCGCUUCCAGUCACAGACAUAGGGUUGUUGCUUCCUCCCACGACGAGUUUAUGUGUGUGUGUGUGAGAGAGAGAGAUAUGUAAAUAUAAGUUUCUUCUAUGAAUGAUGUGUAACAGGCACAUAUAUUUCCACUGAGAAUAUGAGUAACCUUUCAUAGUCA